CAGGCAACAUGUGCCACCCAGAAGCUCCCUGCUAAUGCUGAUUAUCAGCUUCAUGCCUCACUCCUCCAUCAUGCCUACUCUGUUUGCCGUUACUUCAUUCCCAGCAACCUGCAAGUAAAUUCUGAUCAAACCCAAAUCAUUUACCAACAAGGUUCACAAUCAACUUAUGAAACAAAAGGAUCACAUUUUUCAACUCUUGGCCGAGAUGAGAAGCGCACGUUUACCCUCAACAUAGCUAUCUCAGCGAGUAGGGCUCUUCUACCUUUCCAGGCCAUCUUCAAAGGAAAGACAACAGCUAGUCUUCCUGCCAAAAACUCCCUUUCUCAUGACAAAGCAAAUCAGCUUGGUUUCCUCUUUGAACACUCAGGCACUGACAACUACUGGGCAAAUUUAAAGAUGAUGAAAUCGUUUGUCACAAAUCUCCUUGCCCCAUACUUUACUGCCACAAAGGAGCAUUUGGGGCUUGAUCCGCUUCAAGAAUGCAUGUGGCAACUUGAUGUCUGGUCCAUUCACACUUCACUCGAAUUCCGAACUUGGAUUUUUAAUAACUAUCCCUGGAUAAUCCUGGACUAUGUUCCUGGAGGGUGCACA